CUCUCUCUGAUCAAGCAUUGCAAGAAGCGGCUGGAGCGCCGGAUUGUCGGUGCGACCAACCGAUGGCGUUUUCCCCAAGAGCAUUUCUGUGGAGACCUGCUGGCACUCUCCCAGAUGUGCAAUGUUCUAAACAUAGACCUUGAUGAAGCACUGAAGAAACCAGACAGAUUAUGCAUCUCAAAAUUCCAAAAGCUUCUCUCUGAGAACAUCAUGAACGGUGGCAAACGAAGCGGGGAAGCAGAUGUGCUUCUAGAAUGCCUCGGCUUCAAGUGGGAACUCCAUCACCCUCAGAUUUUUCAGUCUGAGACAUUGGCCAGGCUUUACCUGGCAUCCCUGAUACAGAACACAAAAAGCCUCCCAAGGGACCUGGACAAGAUUCUGAAAGCUCAGCCAGCCGGGAAGACCAAAGAAAGGCCCCCUGUAAAGAAGGUCAUCAUUUCCUUGAAGAUCAAUGACCCUGCAGUCACCAGAGUUGCCUUCGCCCUGGCCCUGAAGCACCUCUACAUGAAGGACGUCGAGAUGAGCGUGGACAACGUGCUGGGCGUGCUGGCUUCUGCUCACAUCCUCCAAUUCAACAGCCUAUUUCAAAAGUGUGUCAACAUGAUGCUGACCAGACUCUCACCGAGCACUGUCAAGAACUUCUACUUGGCCGGCUGCAAGUACAAGGAAGAGCAGCUCACCGAGGCCUGUGAGAAGUGGCUGGCAAUGAACUUGGUCCCUCUGGUGGGCACAGAGAUCCACCUCCGACACAUCCCUCGGCAUCUACUGCACAAGGUGCUGAAGUCGCCCAGGUUGUUUACCUUUAGUGAGUUCCAUCUCCUGAAAACCUUGCUCCUGUGGGUUUACCUGCAGCUGAACAGCAAAGUCCAGGUCAUCCCGAUCCACGAGACCGUGCUGGCAUAUUUUAGCAGCUUUCCCAAGACGUGCUGCUUCCUGGAACAGGAUACAGGACAGAACUGGACGCAGCUCUUCCUUUGCCUGCGUUUGCACGGCAUCACCAGUGGCAAGGAUCUGGAGGAGUUAAGGCACAUUAAUUUCUUCCCCGAGUCCUGGCUGGUCCGGGUUGCAGCCAACCAUUAUCACGCACUGGAGAGUGGGGGCAACACGGUCCACCUGCACGAUCUUUCUACACAGGCUAUGAGGUUCGGGCUGCUCUUUAGACAGGAAUACACCACUUACUCGGAAAGGAUUUCUAUAUAUGGAUACUUCUUUGAGAUAAAGGGAAUCAAACAUGAUACUACCUCUUACAGUUUUUUUAUGCAGAGAAUAAGACAUACAGACUUUGAGUGCCCCUCAUCAGUCUGCGAGCACAGUACCAUCAGCCUGAGAGCUGAGCGUAUGGUGAAGUACGAGAUCAGAGCCCAGACGCUGGUGGAUGGCAGGUGGCAGGAGUUCAGGACAAACCAGAUCAUGCAGAAGUUUGGGUUCGUCAAGCCGGGCUGCAAAAGCCAUGCCUUGAAAAUCCAAACCUUGGGCAUCCCAAUCCAUGCCAGCUUUGCGUUCAUCUUCCCAGCAUCUUAACAGUUUUCAGAGGAAUCUAUGGGAUCCCCUGCCCUGACCGACCUGUCUCCAUAAGAGGAAAUAAAAAUGACAUUAAAGA